AUGGAGAAUUCGUCCACCAGAAACUAUGAAGCACGACGUGCCCCUUCCGAUUGCUGGGCUGAGUCAAAUAGCAAGGAAACUAAUUAUGAUCAGCGGCGUGAGAGCAAAUGGAACACACGUUGGGGGCCUGAUGACAAGGAUACUGAUGGUUUGUGUGAGAAGUGGAUAGACUCUGGCAGAGAUGGUGACAUACCAUUUGGAAAAGAUGAACGGGAGGAUGAUCAUUAUCAGCCAUGGAGAUCUAACUCCUCCCAAGUUCGAGGGAGGGAAGUGUCUCCUCAUCACCGAACUCCAACUCCAAACAAACAGGUCCCAACAUUUUCUUACAGCCGAGAACGUGGGGAAAAUACUUCAACGUUUUCACUUGGUCGUGGAAGGUUUAGUUCCAGUGGAAUCUCCAUGAGCAACAUUUCUUCUAAUUCUCAAUAUUCAGGAGCUAUUUCAGACAAAGGUGAAAGUGGCACUUUAAGAUACAGUAGGACUAAAUUUCUAGAUGAGUACAGGAUGACUGACAUGAAAUCACGCCAACUAUCAAAUGGGUAUGUGCAAGUGCCUUCUCUUACACUAGAAGAAACCUGUGAGCCACUGGAGGUAGUUUUGAAGGGAAUUGACAAAGGGGGCAUGGUAAGCAGCGGUGCACCUCAGAUAUCAAAAGAAGGAUCUCUUGGUUGGAACUCAACAGAUUAUUCACAUCCAAGGAGAGCCAAGCUUGGCAGUAGAGAAGAUGUGCCACAUUCUUUUGAUGAUGGUAAAGAUGAAAGCCAUGACAAUUCGAUGGGUUGUCAUGGAACAUAUUCUGAUGGAUUUUCUCAUGAAAGGAAGACACCAUAUCAAGGGUCAAGCUCAAAAUUGGAAAUGACGCAGGAACAUAUCAUGUAUCCUGAUAACAAAAGUCCAAAGCUAAAGUCCACUAUUAGAGAAACCAGUCCUUACAAAAAGGCUGAUGAGAUGCCUAUAAGCAGGGAAUUGGUCCUGGAGGGAAAUACUUCUUCGAAUUCUGGCACUCCAUGGCGAGCCCCAUCAUUGGUAGAGCAAUUGAAUACUGUCUCACAUGACUGGAGAGAUGCUUCAGGUGAUUUCAGGUCGAGGGCUAUUGGUAUGAGAAGAAGCAAAAAGACCGAUGAAGAUCCCAUUAUCAAAAGGCAGCCAUCUGCUGUUCUGGACAGGGAACAAGAAGUCCAGAAGUUUCCACAGCCCUCUCCUGAGAACCUGGUUCUUUAUUAUAAGGAUCCUCAGGGUGAAAUUCAAGGUCCCUCUUCUGGCAGUGAUAUCAUUGGAUGGUUUGAGGCUGGGUUUUUUGGCAUUUAUUUGCAAGUUCGGCUGGCAAAUGCAUCUAAGGACUCACCCUUUUUAUUGCUUGGUGAUGUCAUGCCUCAUUUGCGAGCCAAGGCUAGGCCACCACCUGGUUUUUCCGGGACGAAACUGAAUGAAUUCACAGACACAUCUAGCAGGACAAACACUAGCAGCUUCGGAAACAUGCAUUCUAGCUUAAACGAGCUCAAUAUUAUAAGAAAUGAUUCAAGGUCUAAACCAGGUUCAACAACAGAAACUGAAAACCGAUUCUUGGAGUCACUGAUGGCUGCUACCAUGAGUGCUUCAUCCCAAGAUUCCCAGGGAUUUACUGAGAAUAGUUCUGGUGAUGUGCCGCCAUUGGGAGUUGAUGGUGGGACUGAUCUACACCUGUUGGCAAAGAAAAUGGCACUUGAACGGCAAAGAUCAUUACCCAGUCCUUAUCCAUAUUGGCCAGGAAGAGAUGCUCCAUCUAUGGUUUCAAAGUCAGCAGUUCAACCUGCCUCUGGCAUAAAUAAUGGUGUUGCUGGUUGGUCAAGUUUUCCUUUUCAGGGCAGCUUGGAUCUACUUCAGGACAAGAUUGACUUGCAUCAUGCUCAGAAUUUUCCUCCACAAUCACAUUCCCAGGUUCCUCUUGCAACACCGCAGCUUUCAGUGUUGGAUAAGCUUUUGUUACUCAAGCAGCAGCAGAAACAGGAGGAGCAUCAACAGUUGUUGCGGCAACAGCAGUUACUAUCCCAGGUUAUGUCAGAGCUCCAUUCUCAUCAGCGUUUUGGUGAGCCAUCUUAUGGACAGUUACAGAUUGCUGCAAUAGCUACAGAAAAUGCAUUGGAUCCUUCACGGCUUCAACCAUCCAAAGAAUUGUUUCCAAUGGGUCUACAGUUGCCAGUUUCAAAUGUGCAAGAUGAACACACUACCAGUUUCAUGAAUUUGCCGCCUCAAGUUAAUCCAGAUGUAACUUGUAAUGUCAAUUCAGAAACAUCUUCUCUUCAUCUUCCACAUCAAGUGUUUGGGAAUGCCAAUCUUCAAAAAGCUGGAGUACAAUUCCUGGAAAAAUAA